GCUUAGAGGUGUCCCGACGGUCCCUUGUCCCAACAUAGUGAGGCUAAACACGGUCAUGUGAAGACGAAGGAAACCGCUAUGCUCCUCAAGAGAAUCCGGUUUGUGAAUUCAUAACAUAUUUUGGAGACGUUGGACACUAUAGGAAUACUUCCUCCUCCUCCAAGUCCGGUCAACUCUCUGUGAAGUGGAAAACAGAUCACAAAGAGCAAAAAGGAUUACAUCUUCUGCUGGUGUGCUAUGGCCUCUGACCUAAGGAGUCCCUGCACAAGUCCCUUAUAGCUGCUUGAACACAUCUCGAUACACACUGGGGUGGGUUGAGCUGUACGUUGCUGCAGCAGGGAUGAUCACAUCCCACAUGAAUGGCUAUGUGCAAGAGGACUCUGGUCUGGGCAUUUGUUCAGGCCUAGGCCAGAUGAAGGCCCACAGGGAGAGGGCGGUGGACUGUCCUGGGGAGGAAAGCAGCCUUGUAAAAGCCCCACGCUGCAGUGCCCAGAUGGAGAGGAUCCAGCACUAUCAAGAGGAGCUGAGGAAGAAGAGGGAGGAGGAGGCCAGGGCAAAGCAUGACAUCAAUCCCAACACCUCGCUAAGGCUCAAGAAGCUGGCACAGAACCCCAAGGUGGGCAUUGACAACCCCACCUUUGAGGGGAAGGAGAAGGCUGCAGCAACCAAAGAUACCCACACCAAGGAUCCUGUAUCUGAACUGGAGGAAUUUGUGCAGGCGCUGAAGUGGGUGCAACGCUGCCUGACUGAUGCACAGAGUCAGCAGGAUGUGGAGCUUGUGCUGCAGCUCCUGGUUAGGGAAGACUUCAGGAAUGCCUACACCAUCCACAGUGCUGUGGCCCAGCAGAUGAGCCGAGUCAGCCCCACCUCACCCCUCACAGCACAGGCGCUGGGCCUCUGCCAAGAGGUACAGAAGAUUCUCCAGUCCAGCCAACAGAAGGAGGGCUUGGAGCUAAGUGCUUUGCUGACCAAUCCUCAUCUUCAGGCCCUGAUGCAGGCUCAUGACAGCGUGGCAGUGCAGGAAAUGGCCGAGAUGGAGAAUGUGAGCCAGUACCUGGGAGAGACGGUUAAGCUGGUGCGGCUGGAGAAAGCUCGUGACACUCCACUGGGUGCGACGGUGCGAAACGACAUGGACAGUGUGGUGGUGAGUCGCGUGGUGAAAGGCGGGGCAGCAGAGCGGAGUGGCCUCCUCACUGAGGGAGACGAGAUCCUGGAGAUCAACGGGAUUCCUGUCCGUGGGAAACACGUCAACGACGUCCACGACUUACUGCAACAAAUGCAUGGCACCUUGACCUUCCUCCUCAUCCCAAGCUCUCAGACUAAACCUCCCCCACACAGACAGACUGUGAUGCAUGUGCGAGCCUACUUUGACUAUGACCCGUCUGAUGACCCCUUCGUGCCGUGUCGGGAGCUGGGCCUGUCCUUCCAGAAGGGAGACAUCCUCCAUGUCAUCAGCCAGGACGACCCCAGCUGGUGGCAGGCCUACAGGGACGGGGACGAGGACAACCAGCCGCUCGCUGGACUCAUUCCAGGGAAGAGCUUCCAACAACAAAGAGAGACCUUGAAGAGAACUAUGACAGACAGGAGUCGGGAGCACCAAGGGAAGCUUUGGUAUGUAAAGAAGAACAAGAAACAGAGGAAGAAGAACGUGCAUAACUUUAACAAAAAUACUGACUAUGACGACAUCCUGACCUAUGAGGAGAUGGCCCUCUACCACCAGCCAGCCAAUCGCAAACGUCCCAUUGCUCUGAUCUGUCCUCCAAACAGCGGACAGGACGAGCUGCGUCGGAGGCUGCUGUCUGCUGAGCCGGACAAGUUUGCCGGUGCUGUGCCACACACAACCAGGAACCCAAGGAUACAUGAGCGCAACGGGCGAGAGUACCAUUUUGUGAGCCGGGCUGCCUUCGAAGCCGACCUUGCAGCAGGGAAGUUCAUCGAGUCAGGAGAAUAUGAGAAGAACCUGUACGGCACCAGCACUGAUUCAGUCCGACACAUCAUCAACUCCGGACGCAUCUGUGUGCUCUGCCUGCACACCAGGUCACUGCGGGUGCUGAGAUCCUCCAACCUCAAGCCCUAUGUCAUCUUCAUCGCUCCUCCUUCUCAGGAACGACUACGCACCCUGCUGGCCUCAGAGGGAAAGACACCAAAGCCUGAGGAGCUGAAAGAGGUCAUUGAAAAGGCCCGAGACAUGGAGCAGAAUUUCGGCCACCUCUUUGAUGCAGUCAUCGUGAAUUUGGAUCCUGAUUCAGCUUUCUACGAUCUGCGCCGGCUGAUAGAGAAGCUGGACACUGAGCCACAGUGGGUGCCCACCUCCUGGCUGUGCUAGAAGCCAGAGGCACUCACCCUGGGGAGCCAGAGGGCGGGACGAGGGAAAUAAAGAACAAAUCAAGAGUUCCUGGAGGGAUGGACAAUGGUAACUUGUCACUGGAGUUUCACUCGCACUAAAUGGGGUCAUUCUCCUCAUUUCUAGAGGUGAUCUCACAUGUUGCAGGGAUGGACUCAAGUUUCCUAUAUUUCUUGUUGGUGUUUGUCUUUGUGGGUAUUUUUUUUCUUUGUUUUAUGAAGGUUCUUAUUCUUGUUAUUGUUUUAUGCAAAGUCAUUUAUCAAAACAAUUAGACAGCAUUUCUAUCCUAAUAAUAGUUAUUUAUAAUUGUAAAUAUGUAUUUUCUAGACACAAAGGUAAAAUAUUCUAUUACGUUUUGUGAGCAUGAUACACAAAACAAUACAUUCAACAGCGAGAGUAUAUCUCAGUUUUCAGAUAGUUUACUGAUGACGCAAUAAAGCAAGAGCCCUUUUGAGCAACGACCAAAAAAGUUGCUCCUGUGUUGAAAGUGGCUGCAAUGUCUUCCAUUCAGAGACACCAAAGAGAAAUCUUGCUGUAAUCUGCAGUGUUUUGAGGCACUUCACACACACCAAUUUCAGUAUUAUUUUGUGCUGUCUCACAUUGCUACAGUUCUGCUGUAAUAACAAGGUACCUCAAAGCUUUGGUUUGUUUCUGUCUUUAAUUAGAUUCAGAACUUAAAAAAAGACAGCAGCAGUGAGGUUGUGUCUGUUUUUUUCCAUUGUAUGGAGAGGGCAUAUCAAUCAUAUCAUUUUGAAUAAUCUAUUCCAACUCAUACUGUUACUUCAAUGGGUUCUUAUUAAUUCAUAUGCACCAAUCUGGAAAAACAGUGUUAAUAAAAUCUGAUACUCGAUUAA